UCGACCUAAUAACUUAUAAGUUUCGUCACCGCACAGUGUUGAAUUUCAAAAUUACAAGGUAUUGCAAAAGGAGAAACCAUAUUUUAUAGUACAGGGAUAGGUUAUCUUUCCAGGAGAAUGCUGAAACCUAUCACCAUUUUUAUUGCCGUGCUGGUAGCACAGGCUUUUGGUAGUAUUUUGGAUCUUUUUGACCAAACUGGACAUGAACCCAGAGUGGCAAUUUAUUGUGGACAUGUGCCUUUUCACAUUGACUUGAAAACAGGAAAGUGGGUUAGUGAUCAAAAGGUUGAAGCCCAGUGUGAUACCAACAAGGAAGAUGUCAAAAGAUACUGUCAAAAAGCAUAUCCGAGCCUAAACAUCACCAACAUUGUUGAAGCCAACAAGAAAGUUAAAAUUGAGAACUGGUGCAAAGUUGGUUCAAAGGAAUGCAAUGUUGUGAAGAAAGUUGUACCAUACCGAUGCCUUGUUGAUGAGUAUGAAGCAGAUGCUUUAAUGGUGCCAAAGGGCUGCAAGUUUAAUCACCUUCACGAUGAAGCAUCCUGCAUGACUCACGAUGAAUGGAAGGUAAAAGCUAAGGCAUUCUGUAAGAAAGAUGACAUGCACCUUAAUGAGUAUGGAAUCCUCCUAAGCUGUGGCAUUGAUAUGUUCACUGGUGUUGAGUUUGUCUGCUGCCCCGUUGACAAAAAGAAGGAGGAGCCUAAACGUUUUAUAAAGAAGAAAAUUCUCCCAGUUGAUAGAAUAGCACUUGAAGAGGCCGUAAAGGAAGUUGAGAAAUUUCUGCCAGAGGAAACCAAAGGUUGUGACAGAGCCAUGUAUGAGACAAAAAGGCAGCAGCUUGAAGAGAGUCACCGAAGCAAGAUUGCAGCUGUUGUUGAUGAGUGGGAUGAGGCAGAAACUCGAUACAAGAAAAUGAAUGCAGUCAGCCCCAAAAAGGCACAGGAAAAAAUGAAAAAAACUCUGCAAGUGUUUAGAGAAACCUUGGCUGCAUUGGAGGAAGAAGCAAAAGAAGCAAGAGAUCGUCUCAAAACUGAACAUGCAAAAUGCAUUCAAGUCAACAUCAACAAAAGCAAGAGAGAAUCAAUGCUCGCCUACUUUUUGGCCAUCCAGGAAAGACCACACUCAAUGAAGAACAUCAUCAGAAGUGCCAGAAAAUUCUUCCAGAGUUGUGAGCAUGAUCGCCUUCACAGUCUGCGCCACUUCCAACAUUUGAGAAAGCAGAAGCCAAAGAUUGUUGAAUCGCUACGUAAAGAUCUUCUUGUUCACCUCCAACAGCUGAAUGACCUUGUGAACAAAAGUUUGGGUUUGCUUUCCUUCCUCCCUGAUGUCGCAGAAAAGUUUUAUAUCCACGAAGUCUUCAAACUUACACCUACUCAAGUACCAGAGAAAAUUUUAAGCAAAGCCCCAACUACUGUGGCUACCGAAGAACCUGUGACAGAAGGACUCCUUGUUGAUGAACUAGAAGAGAAGGUACCUAUUGAUACGCUCGAGGAGCCAUUUGACGGGCCAUUCACAGAGGAGCAAGAAUUAACCACAAAAGAGCCAGCCACAGAGGCACCUGUUGAAGUCACUACAGUCAAACCAGCGGAAGUUGCGCCAAUCACUACCAUACAUCACAAAUUCGGUGAGGGACUAUUGAGGCUGAUCAAAAAGAAAGGAAACUUUCAGAUCCCUCACAAAAAACCACUGGAGCAUCUUAUGAAGAUCGAUGAAGAGGAGCCAAGGUCGGCAGAGACUGAGGUGGACGGACCUAAGGAAGUAGAAGUUAAUAACGAGUCAAAGGAUCACUUUUCUAAGAACACCUUGAAUCCAACUGACCAGCCACCGAAAACAAUUGACUCAUCAGAGCUUGAGGAGCCAUUAAGCGACCAAAACAAGCCAACCGAACCCAAGCCUCAAAAGAAACAUCACCACCAUGCAUUUUUCAAGCAUCCUCGCUCACCAGCUCUGUUUGCAGCUGUUAUAGGUCUGAGCUGCGGCGCCCUUGUCAUAAUGCUUGCGAUUAUUGUUGCAUUGGUGAUGCGAAGAAACAGAGCCAACCAAGGUCGCCUUUUGGUCAAUGAUGCAGGACCCGAAGACCAGGAGCAUCUUGUCAAAAUGCAGAAGAAUGGAUACGAAAACCCGACAUACAAGUUUUUCUAUUACUAGACUGUAUAUUAAGAUGAUUUGAUGAUUUGUGCUAUGCUUUUGUUACUUUAAAUCUUUGAUUGCAUUUGCACUAGUUAAAGCCAACAAGACUUUCGAUUUUCUGUCGAUAAUUCCAUCAUCGAGAUCAACUCGCUGAUACAGGACCUCGCCUGACCGUAAAUUUUGUCUUUGCAAGUAGUGAUGUCUUUCGAGCAAAAGUUGCCGCCAGAAACGCAAAUCAAAACUCUUGGACUGGUUUGGUUACAUAAAACGAUUGCUGUCCUUAAUCAAUGAGUUUAAAGCUGCCCUUAACAAGUCUUCAAAAACAGAAAAUUGUUUUCACGUACAGGCUUGCGAUGUUAUAAAUUGAUGAAUUUAUCAAGCUCUUCGUUUUGAAGUCUUGCAUUUUUGUAAUUUUAAGUAGACUUUUGCAAAUGCAUUUUUGGAGUAAUAUUUCGAUUUUUUAUGACUUAUUUCGUAUUAUUUCAUGUUAAGCUUCAUUGUUUGAAAGGUGUCGUUAGUUAUUGCCUCAUGUUAUCGUCAUAUUUGGCACAAAUGCGUUCCACGAUGCCACAUUUAAUCAUAAAUUAUCAUUAAUGGAUGUUAUUCACAUUGCACCAUGUUUGAAUGCUUAGGACACGUCGCCUUGUCAGUUAAAGAACAUUCAAGUCAUUUUAGCCUUGUGCUGGUGUGUCUAAAUGUGGACAAAAAGAGGUAUAUCUGGGAUUUAUCUGUAUUUUCUACCCCCGUCGUAAUAUACAUCUCCUUAGAUGAUAAUGUUCCGUUACCGAUGUCCGUUGCUCAUUUAAGCUCCAAAGAAGGCAUAUGGGUCAAAAUAAAACAUCUCCAUCGGUGUUAGUACCUCCUGAGUGGAAACCAAAUGAGAUUUUGAAUCCUAUAAAGCCUUGUGUUUCUAACCUUAUCAAUUGUUUUACUAUUCCAGAUCGUUUAUAGCGGGCCUAAACUUCCCUUUGCAUCAGACCACCAUUCUCUCCCUAGAUAUCUUUCUGUGGCUUUGCAUUUGCCGAGAAUAAACAAGUUGGUUUUUGGAGUAGCAGUUUGAAGGACGGGGGAGUGGGAUUACCCUUGGUAACCUUGAUGGGGAUCCCGUGUUACCCAGAAGGCUAUGCACCGCAGAUCUCUAAUCAUUUAUGGUUACAGGUUUUUCAUAGGAUUUGUCGUAAUCAGUGUGACACCCUUAGAGCACUUACUGAGCUAGCAGUCUAGAGAAGCCCCUGGCAAUCAAUACAAUCGCAGGAAGCAAGUCCAAAUAUAUACAUAUAUAUAUAUAUUGAUAGCCAAGUAUGCCAGCAAAUGAGCUAGCCUUGUACAAGUUUGCCAAAUAACCUAGAAUAGCAUACGCUCAUGUUCUGGAUAUCACUGAAAGCAUUCAAAGAGCAUGGUUUUAAGUAACUGAACUUCCAGUUUUCUUGAAACAAUAGUGCUUGAUAGAAUAUUUCAUUAUUUACAUUUUACUCUUGUGAAUGGGCGCUCCCAUUCUGUGUAUGUAACCCUAGUUAUUUCUCAACAGGUGCGUUUGAAGUAAUUAAAGCCAGUUAAGUCUGUGGUGAUCUAAAAGAACAUUGUAACCAUAAA